AUGAAAGUUAUGUGCUUUGAUGACAACAUGUUGUGGUUGAGGACAGGGCCUGUUUCUGUGGUUGAAGCUACUUGUUUCUUGGAUGAAUUUUGUUCCUCCUUAAUGCAUAUAUUGUCUCUUCAAAUGCAGCCAAUAUGGCUUGAAGGUAGGGAUGCCAUUUGCCCUUACUGCGAUGGAGGCUUUGUGCAAGAACUUUACGAGCUGCUGCGAGCAGUUUCACGCCAACGCGGAUUUUCGUCCGGAAUGGAAGAUUUUCGUCAAAUGCCUAACAUUCUGGAUGCUGUAAGAGCUGUUAUGGAGCAAAGAGGUUCUGAGUCCAGAACUGGAAUGAGAAUGGCUGGAAGCUACACAAACUUUGAUGUUAGAAUGAGGUAUGGUUCCACCCCACUUCCUUAUCCCUUGGGCAGUCUUUAG